AUGGACGCUGGAGACACCUCUGUCAUGGACGCCGGAGACUUCCACGCAAGAGCAGGAGACUGUUCUACGGAACACUUAGAAUCUGCCAAGACAUUGGAAGAGCCUGUGUCUCCUGAGGGUAGCCUGCUGGAGCAGGCGGCAGAAAAGGAGAAGGCGGAGCCGGCGAACUCCUGGGAGGCGUGGGUGAGGCAGCAGCGGCUGUUGCAUCAGUUCGAUGCAGUGCACGAUGAGGCGCAGCGGCUGCGUGUGAUGAACUUGCUGCUGCAGUCCAAGAUGCGGCGCUACUUAAAGCGGCGCGCCAAGUCCAUGGGCAGCACUUCGUCCUCAUUUUCCGUGCGGCACCAGCUGGAGGCCGAGAUGAACCGUGCGGCCCUGGAGGAGUGGGAGCUGCAGCAGCGCCUGGACGCUGCACGCCAGCUGGUGGCAGAGAGGGAGGCACAGCUGCAGCAGCUGCAGGAGAGGGCCAUGUCAAAGCUGCAUGCACCGCCCGGACGCAGGCAGGAGGCGGAGCGGAUGCUGAAGCGCGUAUGGCCACAGCUGCAGCGGCUGUGCAAGGAGCGCCUGUUGCACUCGCGCGCCAAGCACGAAGUGGAAAGUGCCAGACAGCAGGUGGCCGAGCUGGACGUGUUCGGGCCGCAGCGCACUCUAGCGGCCUACGAAGAGAUGGAAGCCAACGCCGCGAAGCUGGCGGAGCACGAACACGAGCGCGCGGAACAGCUGUACGCUCUGGGCAGCGUCGCCGAGCGGGACCUCCAGCAGGCGGCGCACCUGGAAGACACGCUGCUGGGCACUCGCCAAGCCAUACUCGAAGCGCGUCGCAGAGAUGUGCAGGCCUCCGUGGCCCGACAGGAAGUGGUGAAGGCGAAGAUGCACCGUGACGAUUUGUACAAGGAGAGAAACGAACUCACACGAAAGAUGGAACUCAUGGCGUACCCGGAGCUUCUCCGUGACCACGAGGAGGUGCGCCAGCAACUGCAGGUGGCAAAGGAUGAGCUGGACAAGGUGCGCAAGGCAUACUACAUUCAAGAGAAGCGCAUAGCGACGGCGCUCAGGCUGCUGCAGCAGAGGGAGCAGGGUUUGCGCGAGGUAACACAUGGACCGUCGUCGUACCAGCCCUUCACUCUGCUGCGCAUGGAUGCCAAGUGUGGGCCCUCGCUACACGAUCUCAAACGCGACCGCUAG